ACUUAGUGCCCCUCCACUCUCUCUCUCUCGGAGUAUAACCACGUCUUCAACCCCAACACUAGAAUUCAUUUUUUUAUUAUAUUAUUUUUCUGGGCCUAUAUAUAACAGAGUAUAGUUUCAUUCCAGGCCCCAAAUACAUAUAUAUAUAUAUAUAUAUAAUAAUAAUAAUAUUAGUAUUAUUCGAUCUUAUUUAUUGCUAAACUAGAGGACCCUUUUGGGUAAAGCUCAAUCUAAUCGAUUCUGUUCUGUGUUUUGGUUAAUGAAGAAGAAGAAAUAAGCUUGGGAACCAUUUCUCUUUCUUUCUUUCUUUCUUUCUUUGUUCUUGUUUGUUUGUUUCGGUUUUCUCGGAAACCCAGAUUUCGCAACAAGAAAAAGAAAAGUUUUAUCAGUGGGAAAAAAAGAGAAGAAAGUUGAUGAUGGGUCCUUGGACAGUGCUGAUGGUGAGUUUAUUAGCAUGCGCCGCCGUCCGAUUGAGCUCAUCAGAUCCGAGCGACGAAGCAUGUUUGACCCAUCUAAGCCAAUCGAUUCUAGACCCAACUCGGUCCCUCCAGAACUGGACCAAAUCCACCUUUGCCAACCCCUGUAGUGGCUUCACCUCUUACCUACAAGGAGCCACCUGCAACAAUGGCCGAAUCUACAAGCUCUCGCUCACUAACCUCUCUUUACGAGGCUCAAUCUCGCCGUUUCUCGCCAACUGUACCAAUCUCCAAGCCCUCGACCUCUCUUCCAACUAUCUCACCGGACCAAUCCCUUCGGACCUCCAGUACUUGGUCAACCUUGCAGUCCUCAACCUCUCCUCCAAUCGCCUCGAGGGACAAAUCCCACCUCAGCUCACAUUGUGCGCUUACCUCAAUGUUAUUGAUCUCCAUGAGAACUUGCUCACGGGACAGAUUCCUCAGCAAUUGGGUCUUCUUCUUCGGCUCUCCGCUUUCGACGUUUCGAACAAUCGGCUCUCGGGUCCGAUACCUUCCAUGCUUAGCAACCGAAGUGGGAAUUUGCCAAAACUCAAUGCCAGCUCGUUUGAAGGGAAUAAAGAUCUCUAUGGCUACCCUUUACCGCCUUUGAAAAAUAAAGGGUUGUCAGUUUUGGCCAUUGUUGGGAUCGGAUUGGGAAGUGGGUUCGCGAGCUUGGUCCUCAGUUUUACUGGGGUGUGUAUUUGGUUGAAAAUUACAGAGCGGAAAAUGGCCCUUGACGAAGGCAAGAUCAGUCAACUCAUGCCCGAUUAUUGAACCUAAAAAUAUUUCAGGUAUUUUUCGAAUAUAUAUUCAAAAAUGAAAAAAAAUGAGAGAUUUGAGCCUUAAAUAUGUAUAUGGAAUGAGGAUAUGGGCUUGUCUCUGUCUCUACUCAGAUGGGUGAAAUUCAGAAUGUAUUCUUUUACUGAUCCUAGGGGAAAAAAAUUAUUCUUCUACUUCUUACCAUUUUGGGUUCUUCUUCAUUCUCUUUUACAUGAGUUGAUAAUAUUCUCCACAAUUCUUACUCUCGUUUCUCUACAACAAUCAAUCAACAGUGUAUAGACCAAUUCAAACACUUAUUUUCAGUGAAUUAGUGCACCUUUUUAGUUUUGUUUUUUGGAAUGUAACGCUAGCUAGCCAUGGUGUAUAGUGUAAAUGUAAUGUCAUUGUUCACGAUUUUCAUCUCUCUCUCUCUCUCUCAUGUUAAAGUUGGAAUUUUGGAGCUGUACAGUUCAAUUUUUUUGUCUGCUGUGUGGUAAAAUGUAAUACAAAACAACUGGUGGGGGAACUACUUUAUUUUAAUA